GUCGCGAGGGGUACGCAUUGCCUUCGUCGAUUGGCCGUACCCACGUUCGUUGUUCGAGACGCGCGAAACCGUACGAGCGCUUAAACAGCCUAGUUCGCCCGGGCAAAACCCGCGAACCGGUCGGCCGUGAUUUCUCUCCGUCUACGUACCAGUGAUUCGUCCCGGUUUGGUCACGUUGUUUUCUGUGCGGUGCCAUGCGGGCCUGGUUGCGCCUCGUCCUAGCGUGAUACACAGCCGCGAUAUAUCGUUUUCGCCGCGGGACGGGACAGUGCCGUGACCGAGGGAAGAUCAUCCGAAGGACACUGCGGUACCUGCGACAAAGGCCCACCUCCUCUUCCCCACCGUCGUCGUCGUCGUCGUCGUCGUGCUGUCGUCGAAAACAUAUUCUGCUUCCUAACGGAGAUCCAUACUCUUCACGAAAAUUAUCAGCUGUAAACGGUUGACGAGGCAGAAAUGGCACGAGCGGAGUCACGGUGAGAAAAGGGCGAGGGUGAAGCCCUCGCGCGAACCGGCAGCCAUGGCGGAAAGCUUCGGUUUCUUCGCCGGGGGGGCGAUACCUGCCGUCCGUCUUUCGCUUUUUCUCGCUCUGGCCGGCACCACGCGCGCCGUAGACCUCUCCCAAUGCAUCGCGCCGCUCGGCAUGGAAUCCAGAGCGAUCCCGGACGCGGAUAUCACGGCCAGCUCUACCUUCGACGCAGGAAACGUCGGCCCGAACCUAGCACGAUUAAAAUCCGAGAAUCUCGGUGGCGCGUGGUGUCCCAAGAAUCAGAUCACCCAGGAAGCCCGAGAAUGGUUGGAGAUUGACCUUCAUACGGUUCACUUGAUCACAGCCACCGCUACUCAAGGCCGUUUCGGGAACGGUAUGGGUGUUGAGUAUGCAGAGGCGUAUCUGCUUGAUUAUUGGCGUCCGCGUCUCAAGAAGUGGGUCCGAUACAGAGACAUUAAAGGGCAAGAGGUAAUACAGGGUAACACGAACACGUAUUUGGAGUCCAAGCACGAGCUGGAGCCGCCUCUGUGGGCGAGCAAGAUCCGUUUUCUGCCCUACAGCCAUCACACGCGGACGGUUUGCAUGCGGGUCGAGCUCUACGGAUGUUACUGGAGCGAUGGGGUGGUAUCCUACUCGAUGCCGCAGGGCGAUAAAAGGGGUAAUGGAUGGGAAUUCUUCGACGUCACCUACGACGGGGUAUGGGACGGGGAGUUGCGCCGUGGCCUGGGCCAGCUGACGGACGGCAAAACGGGGCCCGACAACUUCAAACUGGGAUAUUACGAUAACGAUCGCACGCAGGGUUGGGUCGGCUGGAGGAACGACACCCGUACGCAGCCGGUCGAGAUCAAGUUCGAGUUCGACAAGGUCAGAGAAUUCUCGGCCAUCCACAUCUACUGCAACAACCAGUUCACCAAAGAUGUUCAGGUAUUUUCGCAAGUCGACAUACUAUUCAGCAUCGGUGGAAAAUACUACACGGGAGAGCCGAUCACGUACACUUACAUGGAGGAUAAGAUAUUCGAGACAUCACGGAACAUUACCAUCAAGCUCCAUCAUCGAGUCGGUAAAUACGUCAAGUUGAGACUCCACUUCUCGGACAGGUGGAUCAUGAUCAGCGAGGUGACCUUUGACUCCGACGUGGCCCACGGAAACUUCACGCCAGAGGAGGCACCGACAACCGAGUCGCCGAUUCAGAGCGACGUUUUUGUCGAGAAAAAUGGCGCCGCGGAGGGCGAGCUUCCGGUCUCCACGGCGAAACACGACGACCCGACGUACAUGGCGGUCGUGAUCGGGGUGCUAACUGCCGUGAUCCUCCUGCUGGCCGUCGCGAUAUUUCUGAUUGUCUCCAGGCACAGGCAGCGCAAGUGUUUCGCCAGCCCCAUGACCGGCAAAGCGCCCUCUCAUCUUGGAUCCACCUGCGCCACCGUCGAGAAGGGUGCUGCGCUAAUGGCCUACACUCUAGAGGACGACGAAAGAUACGCGGGCGGCUCUCUGCCGACGUUGCCGCGGGACCUGGGCAACCGUCUUCUGGACAUCGUGAAGCUCGACGACUACCAAGAACCGUACCAGGCGCUGAAGUACGCUCCGUACUACAGCUACAGCACCGUUGUUAUGGAGAUGAAAGACAUGAUGCUGAACAACAAGAGCACCAACAUCAAUCACUCAGCGGUGUACGCGAACGGUGCAGUUGACACAUCGUACGAUUAUGCGGUACCGGAACUCGGCACGGUGCCCCUGCUCAACCAGGACGGCACAGGACGAGGCCCGGCCGUUUCCACCACCGCCGAAGACAGUCUCUUCUCCAAGACUUCGUCGCGCGCCAACAAGACGGAAGACAAAAAGUCCCCGACUCAACAGGAGGUACUUUCGGCCCUGAAGAGACGUCUGGAGCAGACGAGCGUCCCACUCUUCCCACGGCAUCGCCUCCGCAUGCUCUCGAAACUUGCCGAAGGGGCUUUCGGAACGGUGUACGUGGCAGAGGCUGAAGGGAUCCCGGAGUACGGGACGACGACCAGCGUCGGGAAGCGUCUCGUCGCCGUCAAAUUUUUACUGCCGGAAGCCAGCGAGAAGGAAAAGUUAGACUUUCAACGAGAUGUCAGGAUCUUGGCUGCUCUGGAGGAUCGAAAUAUAGCUAGAGUCUUGGGUGCCUGCUGCCGCGAGGAACCAUUCUGCGUCGUUAUGGAGUACCUGGAGCACGGAGAUCUCUGCCAAUUCUUAAAAACGCAUAUCACUGCCGAAGAUGCCCACUCGAUGCCAAUCGGUGUCAAAACCCUGAGUUUCAACUGUCUCAUCUACAUGGCGGCUCAGAUCGCGUCGGGCAUGCGGUACCUGGAGAAUCUGAACUUCGUGCACCGGGAUCUGGCUACUAGGAAUUGCUUGGUGGGCAAAGCUUAUCACAUUAAAAUCUCGGAUUUCGGUACGGACAACGAAUUGUACGCGUGCGAUUAUUACAAAGUCGAUGGUGCGGUGCCGCUGCCGAUACGCUGGAUGGCCUGGGAGUCCAUAUUUCUGGGCAAGUACACGACGAAGAGCGACGUGUGGGCGUUCGCGGUGACCCUGUGGGAGAUCCUGAACCUGGGCCGACGGGCGCCGUACGAGCACUUGUCCGACGAGGAGAUGGUGCAGAACCUGCGCCGGCUGCACCGUGCCGCGGACUGCACCGACGCCGCCGGUGGCGAGAACAACGACUGCAAGGAGGCCGCCGAUAACCUUUUCGACUAUUUGCCGCGGCCCACCGCGUGCUCCAAGGAUAUUUACGACCUGAUGCUGGAGUGCUGGCGACGGGAGGAGAACGAGCGGCCGACCUUCCGGGAGAUCUCGAUGUUCCUGCAGCGGAAGAACCUCGGGUACGCGCCCACGUCCUGAUACUGAACGUUCCACGACGUCGAUCACCACGAUGUUCUCGGCGUUUGUCGCUCGUGCCCGGCCAGGAGCUACUUGAACGCGGGACCGGAAACAGUCGACGACGCGCUCUAUCCUCACUGGAUCACCGUGAGGACCAAGUUCUGAUUGCCCGCGGGGAGCGGGCGUUCUCCGGGCCACAGCUUCCGGAGGAACAUCGGAACCAUUCAGCGCAGCGACCUUGAUUUCCGGCAGCAGACGCGUUCAUCAUCCUCGGCUUAUAGAGGAUUCUUGGUAGGUUGCGCUCGUGAUCGCUCGAACUCGAAGCGUUCACGAGCAAAAUCAGGGCGAUAGACAGCGAAGCUGUCGAAGGCCUCCGCGCGAGGACCAUCCCCCCAUGCUUGCAACCGUCCCCAUGGAUCUUCUGGCACGCAACGGCGAGAAACGCGCGAGAUCGUCGGAACGCAACGACGUCGGAGCAUUCGAAUACGAACUGUUUCUUAGAUACGUAAGAUCUGUUAGGGAAUACAAACGUGAAACUGUGAAUUCGACAAUCGAGCGGGUGAACGCGGGGCGAGCUUCCGCUCCCGCGGAAGUCGCCGCCCUGCCGUAGCUUCCCCGUGCGAGCGGCGCAUGGGGUUUACGCGGGUUUAUCGCAAGGGCUUCGAGGGUCCACAAUGAUCGUCGAAAAUUUAGGAGCAAUAUCGUGUAAUCUUAAUGUAACUGUGAACAUUCCUUGCAUGGUUUAAAGAUAUAUCUUCGCGGUAAGGUAAAAAGGUACUCUCGUUUGCCGGAGCUGUCGGAAUUGUUGUCCGAUCCGAAGGCGGAAACGGACGAGGGACGACGGAGGACGGUGUCCUAUCCGGAAGAAUCCUAUCAACGUAUUGCAAUACGGCAACUGAAAUAUCAUAUUCUUCUUGGGAAGGAGCUACUGAUAGGAUAACGAAGGUAUGCGUAGAAGAAUCGUAUGAAUGAGUAUGUCUGGGAACGUGUAGGUGAUUUGUAGCGCUCGGAAAAGUUGAACACUUCAUUGUCGGUUCCUUUAUUGUCGCAGUUAGUUUACGUUGCUUCGCGUAAUUAUGGCGAAAGACGCGAGAAAUUACGUCGUGAAAAGAUAUUUCGCGAUAUUAACGUGCAUCGAUAAAGUUGCUGUUUUUAAACAAGAACGAACAAAGGUGUAAGUUCGGUUAUAGAAAAAAGCCGUUUAUUUUAGCGCAGAAUAAUUGCGAACUCUUUUCUCGCGAUUAGCGCGCAGCUUCGCGCAGUAUUCUGAGAAGGAAAAUGAAAUUAAGUGGACUUAUAAUUUUGUCUAGCAUCGUAGUAUCACGGUCACAUUAGGUAUUUGGUGAACAUGCCUCGACACUGAUUCACGAAUGUACAACACGACCUUUUCGUCUUAUCGAUUCAGACAAGAAAUUUCAUUAUUAAUGAAAUUCGUUCACAAAUUUCAUUAAUACCAGUUAACGGUGGUUUCAGCGAAGAGGAGAGGAUUCGAGGUAAAAAAUUCGAAUUAUUUGCUUCGUCGAGGUAGAGCUCGCUAUCUCAUUAAGUACUAAACGUAAUUAUACUUUCCAGACUCUGUUUAUUCAGUAAAUUCUCCAUAGAUGACAAUUGCUCGAAACCGCUGACAAGGGGAGGUCCCCAGGAUCGACACUCUCUUUUUGAUGAGAUUUCGUACAGUGAUAGAGUUUGUAAAGUUGAAUCCAAUGAUACCCGGCUUUUGCGGCAGACGGCUUUUAGUUUUCGAGAUAAUUGAUGUUAAAGUUGCUAAUAAAAGGCCACAAAGACACACUGGAUUAUGGAGCAAAGCGCCGUACGGAGAGAAAGUGGGGGGUGCCAAUCACGUCGUCGUAAAGCGGGCUACCUGCUUGCGAUCUGCGAGGUAACCCCCACUUUCUAAUCCAGCGCGGCUUUCUGGAUUUUUGUUAGCAACUUUAAUAUUAAUUAUCUCGAAAUCUAUAAUAUAUAAAUAUAUAUAUAAUAUUAU